CCAAUCUUUCUUCAUUCAACUCCAAAAUCGAAGAACAAGCUCUCAAAUUCCACGAAACCCAGUAAUCAGAGCUCUCGAAUGGUCUGAAAUUUCUGUAGAAAUUGCGCCAUUGCUGUUUCUGUUUCUUUCGAGGUAAUUAAGGAAACAUGGAAAAAGUGGUAGUGAAAGAGGAGGAGACGUUCAAGUGCGCGGCGGCAGGUGCUGGUGGUUCGUCGUCAUCGUCGUCUUCGUCUUCAAGCAUGACACCACAGCCAAUGGAGGGGUUACACGAGGUGGGUCCGCCGCCGUUCCUCACCAAGACCUUCGAAAUGGUGGAGGACCCGUCGACGGAUUCGGUGGUCUCGUGGAGUAAAGCUCGCAAUAGCUUCGUUGUUUGGGAUUCUCACAAGUUCUCCACCACUCUGCUUCCUCGGUACUUCAAGCACAGUAAUUUCUCCAGCUUCAUUCGUCAGCUCAAUACCUAUGGUUUUAGAAAGGUUGAUCCAGACCGGUGGGAAUUUGCAAAUGAAGGCUUCCUGGCGGGGCAGAAGCAUCUACUGAAGACGAUCAAGAGGAAAAGACAUGUCUCACAGAGCACACAGCAGCAAGGAUCAGGAGCUUGUGUUGAGUUGGGACAGUAUGGUCUGAAAGGUGAGCUUGAAACAUUGAAUAGAGACCGGAAUCUGUUAAUGGCAGAAAUUGUGAAGCUGAGGCAGCAACAGCAGCAUUCGAGAGAACUUCUUGUUGCAAUGGAGGAUAGAUUACUUAACACUGAGAGGAAGCAGCAGAAGAUGAUGGCAUUCCUUGCUAAAGCUAUCAAUAACCCAACUUUUAUCCAACAAUUUGCACAGAAGAAUAUGCAGGGAAGACAACCUGGAGGCAUUGAAAUAGGGAGAAAGAGGAGACUGACAGCCAGUCCUAGCAUAGAGAAUUUGCAAGAAGCAGUUCCUGCAGCAGUAGAUACUGGACAAAUUGUUGAUUUCCCAGAUCAAGAGCCGGAAGAAUUGGCAACUAUACAAUCUGAGAUGGAAACACUCUUCUCUUCUGCCUUGGAUAACGCAUCAAGCAGUAAGGAACCAAUAACAAGUUCAAUGCCAGCGACAACUAGUGGGAAUUUGGAUGCUGUUAAUGAGACAAUAUGGGAGGAAUUUAUAAAUGAAGACCUCAUGGCUGGCGAUCCAGAGGAGGAAGUAGUGGUGGGUGAUCAAUCAGAAGUUGAUGUUAAGGUGGAGGACUUAGUCGCAAAUCCUGUGGAUUGGGAUGAUGACUUGCAAGACUUGUGGACCAAAUGGGAUAUCUAAGGUCAAAGCCAUGAUGAUUUUUGUAGACUGAGUUGGUUUCUGCAACUUCAUUCCCAGUUGUUGGAUUGGUAUGCAUAUAAACUCUAUGAUGCCAGUCAUGUUGCCCCUAUUUUUGUUGUUUGUGACUGAUAGGACUACAUGGGUUUCUCACACAGCAGGGGAUGAUGGAAGUUGCAAAGAGGCCAACGGAUUUUCCUAUUUUUCUGUAUCCUUUAAGAACAGUCUAGUUCUCUGACUUUCUAGAAGUACAUUCUUAUCUACUUUUGAAUGCUCUCCUACUGGUUUUUGAUGUUUGUUGCUUACUUUGGUAUUGCAGGCCCACACCCUACAGGAGAUCUUUGAGGAGGUGCAUCAAUCCUUAAAUUUUGUCAGAGGUUUUGUUAUUUGAUCUCUGCUUCCUGUACAUGUUAGCUCUCUGAACCUUUCAUCUUGAUUUUCAUUAUAGUUUUUUGUCAUAUAAUUAAAUCAUCGGUUAUUCAUGCAUAUGAUUGUAACAAGGGAUGAAAUAGAUGAUGUUCUUUUGAAGGAAAGAAAAGGUUGCAAUAUUUCAUCUGGUUUUCUCCAUAAGUCAUUACUCGUUACUACUUCGAUGAAAACAUACAGCACCUGGUUUCUGUCUCAUCCUAAGGAAUGCCAUCAAUCAUAGAAAAAAUGAAUGUUCUCAGUCUCCAGAUGAAUAAACAAGGAAUCCUUUGUGCUUCUGAAAACAAGAAUAACACCCCAACAUUAGGAUUUAGUUUGUUGAUGAGCUUAUCAGCUUUGGAAUGAUAACCAAAAGUUCACACAGGAUUCGCCUAAAGGCUUGGUCUGUGACCGCGGAGUCAACCGAUAGUGUUGGUUGAAAAAGAAAUUAACUUAGGAGAAGUCUUUGUCCAUUAU